GGCAUUUAGUCCGAUAAUAUCGAUAGAAACAGCAAUCAAUCGAAACACCAAAUUUCUUCAAUACAAACCAUCGAUACUAUCGAUUUGGCCAUCGAUUGUUUGCCAACCAUACAUCGCAAUUAUUUUGCACAUUUUUCCGUCGAGACAGUUUGUGAAGUUUGUCGGUAGCUGCGAUUGUGUAUACUUGCCUGCCUGCGAAGAAGCAUUGUUUUGGCGGGAGCCCUUGUUUGUUGCUUGGCUUCAUCAUCCUGUAAAUAAUUUGUUGCUGCAUUUUUCUUGUUUUGCGAAGGUUUUGAAUAAUGGUGGAUCGUAGCGACAAUGGUAAGAUAAAAACGGAAUCGUUCGAUGAUGCUGUCGAAGAGCGCGUCAUCAAUGAGGAGUAUAAGAUUUGGAAGAAGAAUACACCAUUCCUUUACGAUUUGGUAAUGACUCAUGCUCUGGAAUGGCCGUCGUUGACAGCACAAUGGUUACCUGAUGUGACCAAACAGGAGGGAAAAGAUUAUUCAGUUCAUCGUCUCAUUUUGGGUACGCAUACGUCGGAUGAACAAAAUCAUUUGUUAAUAGCAAGUGUGCAGCUGCCCAGUGAAGAUGCUCAGUUUGAUGGCUCACACUAUGACAAUGAAAAGGGUGAAUUUGGCGGGUUUGGUUCAGUAUGUGGAAAGAUAGAAAUUGAAAUUAAAAUCAAUCAUGAAGGUGAGGUGAACAGAGCCAGAUAUAUGCCGCAAAACGCUUGCGUUAUUGCCACCAAAACACCCUCAAGUGAUGUUUUGGUAUUCGAUUACACGAAACAUCCAAGUAAGCCAGAACCCUCAGGUGAAUGCCAGCCUGAUUUGCGUCUAAGAGGCCAUCAGAAAGAAGGCUAUGGUUUGUCCUGGAAUCCCAACUUGAAUGGUUAUCUUUUGUCGGCUUCUGAUGAUCAUACCAUCUGCUUGUGGGACAUCAAUGCAACGCCAAAAGAACAUCGUGUCAUUGAUGCCAAGAAUAUAUUUACUGGUCACACCGCCGUCGUUGAGGAUGUGGCUUGGCAUUUGUUGCACGAAUCGUUGUUCGGUUCAGUUGCUGACGACCAAAAACUUAUGAUUUGGGAUACACGCAACAACAAUACAUCAAAGCCAUCGCACACCGUUGAUGCCCAUACCGCUGAAGUUAAUUGUCUUAGCUUCAAUCCAUAUUCUGAAUUUAUAUUGGCGACUGGCUCGGCUGAUAAAACUGUUGCUUUAUGGGAUCUCCGCAAUCUAAAAUUGAAAUUACAUUCCUUUGAAUCUCAUAAAGAUGAAAUUUUCCAAGUACAAUGGUCGCCCCAUAAUGAAACUAUCUUGGCUUCAUCGGGAACUGAUCGUCGUCUGCAUGUCUGGGAUCUCUCCAAAAUCGGUGAAGAACAAAGUGCUGAAGACGCAGAGGAUGGUCCCCCCGAGCUGUUGUUCAUACAUGGUGGUCAUACGGCAAAGAUAUCAGAUUUUUCAUGGAAUCCCAAUGAGCCAUGGAUCAUAUGUUCUGUAUCCGAAGAUAAUAUUAUGCAAGUUUGGCAAAUGGCUGAGAAUGUUUACAAUGAUGAAGAGCCAGAAAUACCAGCCUCUGAAUUGGAAGGAGGAGCCGUAUAAUUUCACUCUGGCGAUAACGAGCUAUUUUGAAAAUCGCUCUGGCGAAAGCAUGUGGUUAUAAACUCGAUUUGUAGAGUAUUUUUUGUAUUGAAAUGUCUAUGCAGCAGCAAAUUUACACACAAUAAAUUAUUUUAAUCUUUAAA